GAUGGGAAAAGUCUUCAAUCUUGUCCAUGCAUUAAUCAGAGGUGCAAAAUUUGUCAUGGUUUUUUCAAAGGACGGAAAACAUCAUCCACAGACCACUUCAAAAACUCAUCAAUUUCAAGAUUGCUGAAACAAAUACCUGUGAAGAAGAGAAACCUUUACACAAAGAAAGCGAGGACAAUAAUCCAAACAGCAGCUAAUAGAAGGAAACAAUAUGCGGCGAUUUAGGGACAUAUUUUUGUGAGCUUGCCGUAAGAACUCUCUAAUAUGCAUUGUAUAGAAGAAAGGAACUUUUUUCACCUGCUAAAAAUACUCACUGAUGUUGUUGAAAAGAAACUUGCUGAGUUUUUUGUUCAAGAAUGGAACUCACAUCAUGGACGGAAGUUGGGAGUUUGGGAUAACACCACCACUAGUGGCCAGCGGUUACUGAACAUCGAAAAGAAAUCUAGACGACAUAACAUAACUAUUCAAUCCAAUUUCAAACACGGAGACACAAGAAAAUGGGAUUGUACUACACUUUUUGCUGCCAUACUUAAUUCCUUUUCUAUUGGAAAGCGUCUUCCAUUGUCGAUAAAAUCGCCUAUAAAUGAGCUUCGUGUUGUCAGGAACGAACUUAUACAUGAUAAAAAAGGAAGAUUAACAAAUGAUGAAUUUCGCAAAAUGGUCAAUAAAAUCGAAAAUUCGUUUGCAGUUUUAAAGUUUUCAAUACAUGAAAUUCUUCAAAUUAAAGCUCUGUGCCAAAAAUUAAAUUCAUUUAAAAUAUUGCCUCCAAAACCCAAUCACGAUGUUGUUGAACGUAGUAAACUUCGAGAUGAAAUCAUAGCAGACCUUGAGAAGUUGAAGAGAGAUAAUACUAACAAACUAACUUACUUUUAUAUUUCUGGUAAUCCUGGAAGUGGAAAGUCGCAAUUAGCAAGACAAGUAUGCGAAAAACUGUUCGAGUCUGUAGACAGAGAAAAAGAAACGACAUUUGUGAUGACUUUUGAUGGAAGAAAUGUUGAAUCCAUUUUGGGGUGCUUUGUCGCGAUUUAUCGUCAUUUCAACCAUGAUGAAAACGUCCUUGGCAGUAUUUUGAAAAGCAACCGAUCAAGUCAAGACAAAAUAAAGAUACUGCAAUCAUUUAUAAAAGAUAAGUUACAAUUUUGGCAAAAAUGGUGGCUGAUUGUGGAUAAUGUGGUGCAACUUCAUGAAAUUUCACUGCUGCUGCCUCAGGUUCAUGACCCUUGUUUCGAGAAUGGUCAAGUUAUCGUAACUCUCCAGAAUACUGACUCAGUACCGACAAAUGGAGAAGCGACUAAACAUAUUUCAAUUAGUGAGGGUAUGAAUGAAGAAGAAUGCCGUCAACUGCUUUCUUUAACCCAUGCUGAUGACGCAGAUUCAUUAAUUAAUGAUGUGUUCAAAGCUGUAGACUAUCAACCACUUUCGUUAGCAGCUGCUGCUGUUUAUUUCAAAAAAUUGAGAGAAACUGGCAGCGUCUUUACGUGGCAGGAAUAUCUAGAGAAACUUAAAAAGGGGAAACGAAAUUUUGUCGACUCUCAUCUCCGAAAAUCGAGUUCAGCCUAUCCUAAUACAAUGUUUGAAGCUGUUCUAUUAGCAGUGGAGCAAAAUGCUGCAAAUUCAGCAAUAUUGGCAAAAGCGUUUAUGCUUUUUUCCAUUUUAUCUUUUCAUCCAUUACCGCAUGAUUUUGUCAUAAAAUAUAUCCAGAAGAUUGAUCCACAGACUGAUAUUGAAGAAAUCUGCCUUGAUUUAAAGCACUGCUCGUUGUUUCUUAUGUCGAACGACAAUGAUGUCCAUUUACAUCGCAUAGUUCACGAAGUCAUAGUUACAUUUUACUCUCAAACUCAGCUGGAAGAGACAAACGGCGCGAAAAAGUCAUCCACCGAUGAAAAAGUUUGGCUUGUUGCAGAAACUCUUUAUUUAUUCAAGGGAAGAAAUGAUGUCAUCAAAGUAAUCCCUCAUCUCGAAGUUUUACUGAAGUCUUUAAAUGUGAGCAUUAUCGAGAAAGAGGUCAAUACGAAGAACGAGAUAGACGUUAGAAUAUUUGAAAUAUUCUUUUUUUUUGUUGGGACGCUAAACUUUUUUGGAAAGUACAAGCUUGCGCUCCAACUGGCAGAAGAAAUAAGAAAAAUGAUAAAUGGUUAUUCACCAGUUGAUAUACUGGGCAGCUGUUAUGGUAUACUUGGAACGAUUUAUUAUAACACGGGAGAUUAUGACAAUGCCGAAGAAUCUCUUCUCCUGGCUUUGGAAUAUAGAAAUAACUCUCACAAACUUGAUAGUUACAAUGCUUGCAGACGCUAUAACAAUCUAGGCACAGUUUACAUUGCAAAAGGUAAUUAUGAGAAGGCUAAAGAUUGUUUUGACCAAGCUUUAAAAAUUGUGGAAGGACCUCUUGUCUCUGAUGAUUCUGAACUUUGCAUGACUUAUAGCAAAUUUGGCGCAUAUUAUCAUGGCAUUGGUGAUUAUCAAACAGCAAACGACUUUUAUAGAAAAGCUAUGGAACUUCGAGAAAAAUUAUUUGGUGUUGAUCAUGUUUCUAUGGUCGAGAGCUACUGUAGCGUUGGCUCCAUUCAUCUCAUUUUCAGUAAAUAUGAACAAGCCAAAUACUUCUAUGAACGUGCGUUAGAAAUUGACAAGAAGUUACUUGGGCCCGACCAUCCAGAUGUUGGCAAGACGUGUAUUAACCUUGCAGACGUUCUCCACGCACUCGGAGAAUAUGAGAAAGCAAUCGAUCUUUAUAAUACAUCUCUAGAAAUUCAAACUAGUUCACUCGGUCCGGAGCACGACGAUAUUGGAAGGAUUUAUAAUAAUCUCGCGUCAGUGUACCAUGAUCUCGGAAACUUUGACGAAACUAAGAGUAAUUGUGAAAAAGCUUUAGAAAUCAUGAUGAAGUCUUUAGGUCCUGAACACGUUACUGUUGCAAAAAUGUACAACAAUUUGGCAGCACUGUAUUAUAAAAUUGAUGACUACAAAAUAGCUAAAGAUCUUUUAGAACAAGCUUUGCAAAUUCAAAAGAAAUCACUUGUUCCUGGCCAUGUCGAUUUUGGAGAUACUUACAAAAAUUUAGGAAAUGUGUACAAAGCAUUGUGCCAAUAUGAUGAAGCGAAACAUUGGUAUGAGCAGGCUUUAACGAUUCAAAAGAAAUGCCUUGGUCCUCGCCAUGCUGCAGUUAGCACAACCUGCAAUAAUUUAGGUUUAGUGUACAAGGAAAUGGGCGAAUAUGGAAAAGCUGCGGAUUGUUUUCAACAAAUAUUGGAAAUUCAAAAGAAUUUAUCUGUUACAGACCAAUUUCAAGUUAGCUCAACGUACAUAAAUCUUGCUCUUGUUUACCAAGCGGAUGAUGAACUUCACAAAGCUCUAGGCUGUUAUAAAGAGGCUCUAAGAAUUAAAAUGAAUUCACUUGGUUUUGACGACGUUGAAGUUGGAGAGAUUUACAGCAGUAUCGCCUUUGUUUUUUAUAAGAUUGGGAGAUGUGACAAAGCAUUAAAAUGUUAUAAAAAAGCUUUGGAAAUUCAAAUGAAAUCAUUUGGUCCAGACCAUAUUGAUGUUGGCACAAUUUACAGCAAUAUGGCUUCUGUUUUUGAUGCUAUGGGUGAACACAGCAAAGCUGUAAUUCAUUAUCAAAAAGCUUUAGAUAUUCAGAUAAAGUCUUUGGGUGAAAGUCAUCCUGACGUUUGCCAGACGUACAGCUAUCUGAUGAUUCAAUUUGGUACUAUUGGUGAACACAAAAAAGCUAUGGAAAUUAUGGAUAAGCUAUGCCAAUUCACUCCAUUAUAA